ACAACGGACGGACAGAGUCUCACUCGCGUCAGUUGUGGCGUCUCAGCCGGCCGGCACACUCCAGCCCGCCCCCAGAGCCGCCCCCGCGGAGGCAGAGCUGCAGCCCCUCAGAUCUCCGCCACAGCACGUGUUCGGCCCAGGCGAUGGAGUGACGAGACUCGACCAACAUGAGCCUUUGUCGCGCACUGCUUCUGCUGCUGCUGCCAUUGUUGGCUGUGAUCGUUGUCGUCGUCUCGGCCCUCCCGCCCGUCAUCAGGAUCGGAGCCAUUUUCACAGAGGACCAAAAGGACAGCAGCACGGAGCUGGCUUUCAAAUACGCCGUGUACAGAAUCAACAAAGAGAAGACCAUUCUGCCAAACACCACCCUCGUGUAUGACAUUCAGUAUGUGCCCAAGGACGACAGCUUCAGAACCUCAAAGAAAGCGUGCAAGCAAAUGGAACAGGGCAUCCAAGCCAUCUUUGGGCCGUCGGAUCCGGUGCUGGGCGCGCACAUCCAGUCCAUUUGCGAGGCGCUCGAUGUGCCCCACCUCGAGACCAGGGUCGACUUUGAGCCCAGCUUCAAGGAGUUCUCCAUCAACCUGCACCCCAGCCAGGAGCACAUGAACCAGGCGUUCCAAGACGUGAUGGCCUUUCUAAAUUGGACCAGGGUGGCUGUCGUUUACGAAGAAGACUACGGCCUGUUCAAGUUGCAAGACUUGGUCAAGAGCCCGCCCACCCAGCGCACGGAAAUGUACAUCAGACAGGCCAACCCGGCCACCUACAGACAAGUGCUCAAGGAAAUCAGGCAGAAGGAGAUUUACAAACUGAUCGUCGACACAAACCCCAAGCACAUGUACAAAUUCUUUCGAGCGAUUUUGCAACUACAAAUGAAUGACUACAGAUACCACUACAUGUUCACCACAUUUGAUAUUGAAACGUUCGACUUGGAGGACUUCAAAUACAACUCUGUGAAUAUCACUGCAUUUCGUUUAGUUGACGUAGAGGACAAACGGGUCUCGGAAAAACUGGCACAAAUGGAGAAGUUCCAGCCGAUAGGGCAGAGCAUACUCAAUCGCUCGGGGAUAAUUCAGGCGGAAUCUGCACUGAUGUUUGACUCGGUGUACGUUUUCGCCAAAGGGCUAGCAGCUUUGGACCAAGGCCACGUGCUGAAGCCUGCCAAUCUGUCAUGCGAACUCGAGCACCCGUGGGAAGACGGACUCAGUUUGUACAACUACCUAAAUACGGCGAGUCUGCACGGCUUGACUGGCCACAUCGAGUUCACCGAGGGCCGUCGCAGUGGCUUCAAAUUGGACCUUUUGAAGUUGAAAAGGGAGCAGCUGCAGAUGGUGGGUCAGUGGAACAUGGGCCAAGGGGUCAACAUCACCGACCCAGCCGCCUUCUACGAGAGCAGCGUUAACAACAUCACCCUCAUCGUCAUGACAAGAGCGGAAAAGCCGUACGUGAUGGUGCGAGAGGAUAAGAACCUGACAGGCAACUCGCGCUACGAGGGCUUUUGCAUCGAUUUGCUCAAGUCGAUUGCGAACCAAGUCGACUUCAACUACGACAUCCGCCUUGUACCCGACCACAUGUACGGAGUCUACGACCCCGAGUCCAAACAGUGGAACGGCAUCGUGCGCGAGCUCAUGGACAAGCGUGCCGAUCUGGCCGUGGCGUCGAUGACGAUUAACUACGCCAGGGAGAGCGUCAUCGACUUCACCAAGCCCUUCAUGAAUCUGGGCAUCGGAAUUCUGUUCAAGGUGCCGACCAGCCAACCGACGCGGCUCUUUUCCUUUAUGAACCCGCUGGCCGUGGAAAUUUGGCUGUACGUGUUGGCAGCCUACGUGCUAGUCUCGUUCACCCUGUUCGUGAUGGCCCGUUUUUCACCUUACGAGUGGAACAACCCUCACCCCUGCCUGGCCGACUCUGACAUCGUGGAGAAUCAGUUCUCCGUGUCAAAUUCCUUCUGGUUCAUAACGGGCACUUUCUUGCGCCAGGGGUCAGGACUCAAUCCUAAGGUUUCGGAAAGCAUGCCGUCGCGGCUGUUCUCGUUCAUGAACCCGCUGGCCGUGGAGAUUUGGCUGUCGAUGCUGGGCGCGUACGUUCUCGUGUCGCUCACCAUUUGGGUGGUGGCCAGGUUCUCGCCGUACGAGUGGCGCAUUCCGGAGCCCUGCUGCCUCAACGCGCUCGAGCAGGAGUCCGAGCCCGAGGUGUACGAGAACGACUUCACGCUGUCCAACUCGUUCUGGUUCACCAUCGGCACCCUCAUGCAGCAGGGCUCUGACCUCAACCCCCAGGCGACAAGCACAAGAAUCGUGGGUGGAAUCUGGUGGUUCUUCACGCUGAUUAUAAUUUCUUCUUACACGGCCAAUUUGGCCGCCUUCCUCACCGUCGAGCGGAUGAUCACGCCGAUCGAAAACGCUGCCGAGCUGGCUGAGCAGACGGAAAUAACGUACGGCACCCUCGAGGGCGGAUCGACUAAAACCUUUUUCAGAGAUUCAAAAAUAGGCAUCUACCAAAAAAUGUGGCGCUUCAUGGAGAGCAAGCGCCCCUCGGUUUUCGUCGACAGCUACGAGGAGGGCAUCAAGCGCGUGCUGGAGGGGAAUUACGCCUUCCUCAUGGAGUCCACCAUGCUCGACUACGCCGUCCAGAGGGACUGCAACCUCACCCAAAUCGGCGGUCUUUUGGACUCCAAGGGCUACGGCAUCGCGACACCCAAAGGUUCGCCGUGGCGCGACAAAAUCUCGCUGGCCAUUUUGGAACUGCAGGAGAAGGGCACAAUCCAAAUAUUGUAUGACAAGUGGUGGAAGAACACGGGCGAUGUUUGCAACCGGGAUGACAAAAGCAAAGAGUCGAAAGCAAACGCGCUCGGAGUAGAAAACAUCGGCGGAGUUUUUGUGGUGCUGCUUUGCGGUCUUGCCCUGGCCAUAAUUGUGGCGGUGCUGGAAUUCUGCUGGAACUCCAGGAAAAACGCGCAGACUGACAGGCAAUCUCUUUGUUCGGAGAUGGCCGAGGAGCUGCGUUUUGCGAUCCGUUGCCACGGCUCGCGGCAACGCCCCGCCCUAAAGAGAACCUGCUCGAGGUGCUCGCCAGGCACCACCUACGUUCCAGCAGCUUUAGAAAUGCCUCACAUCAAUGGGAGGACCUGGUACUUCCACCAGGACGGCCACCAUCACUCGCACUCGCCGCCCGCCGAGGCAGCCAACCCUCACACCUGCUGCGACCCCGACGAGUGGGACAAUGUCUUGGUGGCCGAGAAGCACGGCCUGUGAUAAACAUAAAGGACGAUUUCUUCACAUCGACGCCGCCCCCGGACAGCCAGCAGACCAAUUUAUGUGACACUAUUAAUAUACACCCAAUUUAGAGGUUGUGCUGUGUUUAAAAAAUAAUGACAUGGUCUCGAAAUUACUUUCAAUAACGUUUUUUCAAUCAAAUUUUGGUCAAUUUCACUUGGACAGGAGAAAUUGUUGUUUAGCCGGUGAAAAUUGACAACAGAAUCGAAAGGCUGCUCAAACAGAUUAAUAUUUAUUAAAUUAUAACCGCAGUAGCACAGGAAGUUACAAUAAUAACAGUUAUUUAUAGCUUGCGAUAAUUUUAUAAAAAUUGAAUAUGAAAUUAAAUUAUAACACAUGUUUGAUAAUUAUUAACUGAUCAAUCGUUUAAUAUAUUCGGUAUAGAUUUAAAUUUAUUGCGAUCAUCAGCAGAUUUGACAAUUUGUGCUACCCCAGCACUGAUUUAUUUUUAAUCAAUCGCAGCAGCCUUUGAUGAGUUUUCGGCAGUUUUUUCGUAU